CGAAUCUUUCGAUUGUCAGUGAACGCAGCAUUAGCCUUCAGCUGUCUGGGAGCUGAGCAGCUGUCACAUCUGAGCGUGUGUGUGCACCCAGCAAACGACGCGUACGCUCGAUUUUAACAGGUUUUGCCAGAAUGGCUCGUGGACAUCAGAAGAUUCAGUCUCAGCAGAAAAAUGCCAAGAAGCAGGCUGAGAUAAAGAAGGCCAAGGGUCACGAUCAAAAGACGGCAGCCAAGGCAGCGCUCGUGUUCACCUGCCUUGUGUGCAAGUCCCAGAUGCCUGACCCAAAAACCUUCAAGCAACACUUUGAGAGCAAGCACCCAAAAUCCCCUCUGCCCCCUGAGUUAGAGGGAGUGGAGGCAUAAACAGUCACCCUGGAUCCCGAACCAUGUUCUUCAAGGCCCUGCACCAACUCUGCACUUGUCUCAGUCUGACAGCAAUGGAUGAUUUUGAUGUAACCAACAUGAAGCAGUUAUCUUCAUUUAGGCUUUAAUGGGCCAGGUUGCCUUUAACGUAUAAUGUUUCCUCCCAUCCAGUCCUGUUUUCACUUGUGUUUAAUUGCACGCAGGGCUAAACCCAAAUGCCGGUUUCGAUUUCAGGGCCACCGAAGAUAUGUACGAUCCAGGAACAAUCCAAGGGGAACAGAACACUUUCCUCACUGCCUGAGGUGUUGUGCACAUAAGAACAUUUCCUGCUGCUUGUUCUUGUACCUCUUUAUCUGAAGCUUUGAUGGGUUGAUUGUCUAAUUAAACCUUUAUAUCCAACAUGCCGCAUAAGGUAAACACAUACAGUGUCCUUAAACAAAGCACGGAUUUGGGUUGGGUGGGAAGAUUUAAGAUUUUAAGUUUGCUGCAAUCAAGGCAAUGACAAACGUGACCUCAUCUAUUUUAUUAGUGCUUCGAGUAUUGACUCAAAAGGAGGCUGUGACGUUUUUUUCUAACACCAGUUGUUAAUUAUGGAAUUACUCCACAGCACUGUCUGCCAUGUUCUACUGCAAUCUGUCAUCGAGAUAAUUAUAAUUUCAUGUUAGGUCACAAAAAUGUGAAAUUCUGCUAGCCAUUUCCAAGCUGCUAAAUGAAUUAUCAAUUAAUAGAAUCUUACAGGGGCUUGUCAGCAACAUUUGUACGCUUGGAAAAUGAAUGUAUGCUCCAAUGAUGUAUUAUAGCAUUUUAUUAAAUUUUACUUUGUUGUA